CCCCAUGACCAUCCUCUCUGUAAGGCCUCCCCGAGGCCUUGAACCCACUCCAGGCCCAUGCUCAGUGCAUCCCCCAAGCCCCGGCCCUCCCAGAGGUGUGGGUGGUGAAGGAGCUGCAGCCCACACAGGCCAAGGACACAGCUGCUGCCUGAGUCGAGCCACGCAUCCUUCCCAGACGGACCGGACUAGCUGUACCAGCCGCUGCCUCCGGCCUGCCGCCCUGCCCCACCCCCACUCCCAUUGCCGGCCUUUCCAGAGUGAACUCACAGCCUGCCUCAGUCUCCCCACCGUGAAGGCCCCACCCCUCCCGCUGCAACCUGGCAACAUGCAGCCGCAGGAGAGCCACGUUCACUACAGCAGGUGGGAGGACGGCAGCCGGGACGGAGUCAGCCUGGAGGCUGUGUCCAGCACAGAAGAGGCCUCAUGCUGCCGCAGGAUCUCCCAGAAGCUGUGCUCGGGCAAGCUGGGCAUCGCCAUGAAGGUGCUGGGCGGUGUGGCCCUCUUCUGGAUCAUCUUCAUCCUGGGCUACCUCACCGGCUACUACGUGCACAAGUGCAAAUAAAUGCUGCUCCAUA